AUGAAAGAGUAUUCUUCAGCGUAUCGUAAUAUCUUACUAACACUUUCAAAACAUGUCGUCGAAGGUCACAAUCGUACCAUGAUCGAAUGCAUAAUCGAAGACUGUGCUGUCAUCGUAGAACAGGUUAAAGGUUAUGCGUCGACAGUACCAAGCAUCACGCAAAUUUCGGCUAUACAACGUUCCAAUUGUCCUGAUGGUGAAGAGGGACGGAGCACUCCGGGCAUUCCAGGAUAUCGAGGUGAGGGUGUGGCAUUCCGGGUCCUGAAUUUUAUUUGGGAUUCUUAUUUUCACUCUAGCAACUAUCUGAUCAUGACCUUUGCAGUUCAAAAAAUUUCCUGGAAUUCAACAUGA